ACCAGUCGUUCAUUUCAAUGUGUCGACCUUGCGUUGGUGAGGAGGGGUGGAGCACGGAUGCAGUAUUAUGGAGAUGACGCAUUUUCCUUUGGACGAUAGGGUAUGAAAUUAUAGGCUAUUGCUUCUCCCCGUAUCGCGGUUCCAAAGGUCCUACAGAUGUUUCCGCAUUCGACCCUGAUUUACCGUUAAAGCUCAACUGUAAAUAUGGUGAGGACCACUCCGUCGCUUUUAUGGGAGCCGCAAGCUUACGGGAUUCCGAGCUCCGCCGCCUCAAAUCACCGCCUUAGUUAUGUUUUGACUUGAAUGUAAAUACGAUUUCUGCACAUGGUGAGCCAUGUACCAUCAUGACAUCAUGUUAAAAGAGCCAUUUCUGCUUCGAUGCAACCUCCUCCGAGUACAGUUCUGUUUUGCCGCCGCCGUUCUUCUGCAAGAAGUGUUGGCCGCUUCAGACGUUACCAUAGGUCAGCAGUUCUGCGUGGACCCUGGCUUCAUCGAGCACGGGAGCCGGACCCCGAGCUCUGGCGUGUUCUUUGUCAAUGCGGUGGCCCGGUUCCGCUGUAUCCAGGGGUACCGGCUGAAGGGGCCGUCCAAGGUUGUCUGUACCCGCUUCCAUAAUGGCUCCGCUGGCUGGAGACCCAACCACAGACCGGUGUGCCUACUUGAAGACUGUCUUCCUCCUUACAUCGAAGAUGCAGACGUGUCCAACCACACGUACAGACCAGGUGAUUUCCUGAGUGUCAGCUGUCAUGAGGGCUUCCAGAUCCGCUACCCUGACAUGGACAACAUGGUGUCCGUUUGUCAAGACGACGGGGCCUGGGACAACCAACCCACCUGCCAAGGCUGCUUGCGACCACUGAUCAACCCCCAUAGCUACAUGAACCUGUCAGAGACCCAGUUCUCGGUGCCGGUGGGGACGGUGGUCCAGUACCACUGCUUUCCCGGCUACAAGCUGGAAGGAGCGGAGACCAUGGAGUGCAUGUACAACCUCAUCUGGUCCAGCAUGCCACCCAGGUGCCUUGAUGUGGAGGUGUGUCCCUUGCCACCGAUGUUGGAGCAUGGCGAUUACAUGUGCCAUCCCCAACCUUGCGACCGCUACAUCCACGGGACGGUGGUGGAGUUUUACUGUGAUCCCGGCUACUCUCUGGCUAACGAUUACAAAUACAUCACCUGCCAGUACGGAGAGUGGUUCCCCCAUCUGCAAAUCUACUGUAUUAAAACCGAGACAACGUGGCCGGGCUUCCAGGACACGCUGCUGACCAAAUGGAGAGUGGGGGCGUUCACAGCCUCCGGCGUGCUGCUGGCACUGCUGCUGGUCAUGAUCCUCAAAGUGCUGCAGUUCCAGUGCAAGCCUCAGUGGACAAUACGGGAUCCAGACGAGGACCUCCGAGACCAGAGUAUCGUGGUGGUGGACGGCGUCCCUGUUCUACUCCCUACCUAUGAGGAAGCGGUGAGCAGCGCAGCCUUCCCGCCUCCGAGAAUAGUGCCCCCUGUCCGCCUGGGGGACAUAUUGCCGGCCGGGAGGGAAGAGGGCGAUGAUGAGGACGAGGAGGACGACGAUGAAGAGACACAGCCCCCAGAGUAUCCGGGACACAGCGAGGCCCCCAGCAGGGCUCCCAUAGACACCAGCGAGUGCGAGACCUACGAGAGUAUGUCUGACAACUCGGAGUGCGGAGUCCAUAGCACCCGGGCCUCGUCGCCAAACACAGCGGCAGGCGGGGGAGGGGGAAAUAAUAACCCCUCAGAGACCGAGAGGACCAAUGCCGUGUCUUCUAUAGAGGGCACUGCCUCCACCAGCCCGAGCGUCGACAUUGCUGAUGGUAAGCGCACCGCCUUCCGUCUAUCCCUCAGCAUGUCCACAGGGUCACUGCCACUGCACAUGUGCAGGUCAUGCGUGGCGGAAGGUGUCAGUGAGGUUAAGACGUUGCCAUGACUACUAACAGACUAAUGCAGAGCAAAGAAAUGCAUUUCUGGGUGUUUUUUUGGAGGGGAGAGUUACGAGCGGAAUGAGUGGGUUUUCAAAUUUAGGAGUAUUCUGGAGAGAUAAUGACUCUCUGGAAUAAAAGUAGCUUAUUUUUUCACUUUUUUUCAUGAAAUCUCACACUUGUAGUUUCUUUCAAAUAUGCCAAAUUUAUAUACAAUUCCAUCCACUAAAGUAAAAUGCCGAUAUAGGCCUACAGUAUGUAAUAAUUUUUCUAAGCAAUAAUUUUUUUUUACAAGAUUUACAGAAUGACUACCCAGAAUUUAGAGCAAAUCUAAGCCGCUGUUUGCUCUUACCAGUUUUCCUUUUUCCAGAAAUCCCACUGGUGGAAGACGAAACCGACGAAAGCUGAUAUUGCGAUGACUCUUUACAGACUUUUCUGACACUUGCAAUGCAGUAACUAAUAAAAAAAAAUCUCAUGGCAUAUGUUUUGGUUGAACACCCCCACACACACACACACAAGACUGUUCCCCUCCCCCUUAUCUUGCAAUACGUUUUGUGGUCUAUCACCAUGGUGCACAAUGGAGGAGAACGUAGAACGGUGUAUAUCAAAGACUAAUUAGCAAUAAAACCUCAACUUCAAACCCUGACUUGUGAUCCAUUUUGUGCGUUUUUCAUUGUCCUCAACCCAGAGGGCAUUAAGUUGUUAAGUUGCAUGUAAAUGAUUAACUCUUCAAUUUUCAUUUUCAAGCACGAGUCACUGACACUGACACUGACUGCCUUUUUACAUGAAUAUAUAACUUUAUUACGAUUAGACUCAGCGUUGCAAACUACAGCCUGCUUCCAAAUGGUCCUGGACUUAAUCAGAAAACAUAAAUCAACAAAUACAAUAUUCGUGACUUUCAGGAAAAGAAACUGAAAAUGUGAGAGGAUAUAAGCCCAAAAAGGUGACAGGUAAUUAUAGUAGAGUAACAUACAGUAUAAUGCCUUGGGAACAUCAGAAAUAAAAACCAGUUUGGAAGGAGUCGGAAUAGACAAUGGUAUGAGUUCAAAGUUCUGCAAGAUUUCUCUGUAUUAAACAAGAUGCCAGUUUGAAUAUUUCACUAGCUGUUUACCAUGAUAAGAUACCAGACGAAGGUCUGCAAAGACGGUCAGAGGUAAUGGGAGAAUCUCAAAGGUUAU